ACUUUCUGGACAGGACGCCUGAACUCGCUGAAGGAAACACGGCCCUGCAGCUGCGAGUAGCGAGCCGAGGCAAAACUCUCUUGACCUAAACCUAGUAGGCAUGAUUCGCUUCAUUCUUCUACAGAAUAGGGCAGGGCGGACACGGCUUUCAAAAUACUAUGUGCCAAUCGAGGAGAAGGAGCGACGGAAGCUGGAGUAUGAGAUUCACCGGCUUGUGGUGAACCGUGACCCCAAGCACACAAACUUUCUGGAGUUCCGCAACUACAAGGUCGUGUAUCGGCGAUACGCGGGCCUGUUUUUCUCCAUGUGCAUUGACCAGUCGGACAAUGAGCUGACCUGCCUUGAGGCGAUCCACCUGUUCGUGGAGAUCCUGGACCACUACUUCAGCAACGUGUGCGAGCUGGACCUGGUGUUCAACUUCCACAAGGUUUACCUCAUCCUGGACGAGUUCAUCUGCGGCGGGGAAAUCCAGGAGACGGCCAAGAAGGUGAUCCUUGAACGGCUUGCAGAGCUGGACAAGAUUGACACGUGAGCAGAGCAGGCGUUGAAGGAUGUGAGAGACGCACACGGAGGAGCAGGCGGCACGCAAGGAGGCAGGGGAGUAUGAAAGGGAUAGGAUCGCGUGACGGGGUUGGGGAUGGGGGCAAAUGUGGCAUGCGGAGGUAAAGGAUAGCACGUGCAACUGGCACGUUCCAGCAGCGAAGGGUGUCUCUCCAUACGCGUGUGCAACGGAUUCGAGUUGAUACUGAGAAAUGUGGGUGAUUACAAGGUAUUUGCUGGCAAGAUAACACAGCACAGUAUGUGGUACGCCGCAGCAGUGAGGCGCAUUGUGGCUAGGGGAUUUCCUCUGUUUGGUUGAUUGGCUGUGUUUGUGCUUGGCAGCGGGACGUGGCUGGACGCAUGGCGGGCCGUGCCUGUACGAACCGACCCCGGCAAUGUCCGGGAGAUGACUCAGACGCUUGCGGCCUCAGACUGGAGACGUGGCGUGGGCUCAGCCCACUUUUCCCCUUCUUGCGAGGGAAAACCACCUUAAUUAAGGCGUUACGUCGGAUGUAAUACUACCAUGUC